GCACGAGUAGGUGGCGGCUGAUAGAGGAGAGACCCAUCUGUGACGGCUGGCGACAACGCCUUUCUGUGCGUAGCUCCACCGGUAGCAGUGUGCUUUUUGUCCUUGGUGCGUCUAUUGCGAUACUACGCUAGGUUGUUAGGAACGUGCGGUCGGCGCGGUGCAAGUGCGGUGCGGUGCGGCGCUGCGCUGUAUGUUCGCGUUUGUUCGAUUCGCUGCUGUGGUCUGGUGAGGUUGGGUGUUCUUUGCGUUCGCGCUAGGGGUCGGACUCAGGCCGGAGAAAGGCAGAUGGAACUUUUUUGGCGCAGCCUCUGGCUCAAGUUCGGUGGCCGAAUCGCGCUUCUAGCGGAAUGAAGGAGGAGGUCGUAGGAGGGAGAGGUAGAAGAAAACGGGAAACAGUGAAGCGACUCUGUUUGGACAACUGAAUGGCCCUUAGUCGAUAUCUCUAUAUUAAAGAAGACCUCUGGGAAAGCAGGCUUCAGAUGAGAGCGAAGCUUAACAACAGUAUCGUCUGCAACAUAUCGACGGCCAGGUCGAAUUCGUCGUCAUACCCAUUGAGAGCGAAGUCUCUAAUCGAAUCUCUUCUCGGAUUUGAAACCUAGCUCUAAGCUGAACUAUCUCGCUGGCGAAUUGUGGGAGACAUUCGCGAAGUUGUUUGCAUUAGUGGGGUUCUCGACGACGAAGGCGGCAUAUGUGUAAUGGCAAGUUCACACUCGGAGUUCUUCACAUGAGUCUGGGUGUAAGUGCAGUCAAGAUGUGUCCAGCAAGAUGUCCAGGUAUGAGUCUGCUCCAAUAGAUUAUUGCGGCACGAACGAGGAAUGGGAGACAAAGAAAACACUUGGCACCGAGGCGGCUGCUCAAUGAAUUAGUGAUGGUCGUUCCAAGGAGAGGGGGCAGAACAUCACAGCAAAGGCUUCGCUGUUUAUAUGUUUAACUUCUCAUUUGUCGUCUGGCGAGGAAUCAACGGCACGAUUUUGGCGAGACGACUAGAGUUUGGUCAGCAACAACAUUGAGCGGGACGGUUGGUUCGGAGACUAUGAAGCCGGGCGUCGUCGGCAGUGGUCGCUUCGGCGCCGGCCUCAAUCCAUUGCCAGGGAACAAAUAUUACCAGUCAGCAGGGACUGGUGAUGCGGGUUUAUCGUCCCAGCUUGGAAUGAAUGGUCUAUCUUAUUCAGAAGCUUAUGCAGAAAAUCUACAGAAAAUCCAAGCGGAGAACAGGCGCAUGCAGUUGGAGGCUCUGAGUCGUCUUCAAGCCGAGAGAGAGAGUUUGGCGGCGAGGUAUCCUUUGGAUGCGACGUUAGGAGGGCUAGGAGGUGGACGCUACUCUGCGGCAGAGGUCGCUGCGCUUGCUCGCUAUCAGGGAGCCGAUGGAUUGUCUCGUCUGCAUUCGGCCGACGGCUUAGGGCGCCUAUCGUCCGAAACCCUAGCCCGAUAUUCGGCGGCGGCGGGCGAUUCUCUUUCUUCUCGGCUAUCUGCUGAAGCUCGUCUCUCAGAGUUCUCUCGACUUCAAGCAGCAGAAGCCUUGAAUCGCAUCCCCGCCGACGGUCUCGGUCGGAGGCUGUCCUCAGAGGGACUUGGCGGCCGCCUGCCUCCUUCUCUUAACGGUUCUGUUCCUGGAAGUGGUCUUGGGGGGUACCUGGGAGCGCAGGAGGAUGCCGCCGCGGCUUAUGGAGCCUCUUUCUCGCUGGCGGAAAGACGGGCCGCUGCUGCGGGUGAUCUACCGGGCUCACAGUUCUUGAACUCCAAGGCUGGGCUGCUCGAUGCGCACAAAGCUGCAGUGACUGGCGGAUACCCUGGGGCUGGGGGAGUUUCAGGAGGGUUAUCGUCAAUGGGCGGACUGCUAGGGGGACGGCCUCAAGUGAUGGGCUAUGGAGGCGGCGGGUAUCCGACGCUCGAGGCGGCGAAAGCCGCAAUGGGGGCGGAGAUGAAUCUUGGGGGCGCAGGGUCAGCAGCCGCUCUUGCCCGUCGGGGUAUGGCGGCUGCAAUGGGCCCCCCACCUUUCCCCGGAACUGCAGGCCCAAACUCUGGCGCGCUAGCGCGGUCUGGCCCGCCCAAAACGGAGAGCGUGAAUCGGGACCCCAAUUCCUUGCCGGGGAUGAUUUUUGGCUGCAACAACCGGACAAAGGAGGAAUGCUUCCGUAGAGCCCUAUUCGGGCUUCCGGCGUCCAACGUGGCAACCGUGGAGAAGAUAGCCCCGGGAACUAAGCUCUUCCUUUUCAACUUCGGUACCAAGGAGCUUUACGGCAUCUUCGAGGCCACUUGUAGGGGUGCAAUGAACAUCGAACCGGAUGCCUUUGCGACUUCAGGAUUCUUCCCUGCUCAGGUCCGGGCCAGACUAGUGGAGGCUUGCGUGGCCCUUCACGAGAGCGAGUUUAAGCCUGCCAUCCAGGAGAACUACUUCUCUGACAAGAAAUUUAAUUACAUCCUCAAUGAAAAGCAGGUGGAAAAGUUAAUUGAGCUGUUCCGCACGGCGAAAGAGAAGGGAGGUGCUGGAGCGCUCCCAGGUUCAAAUAGUAGGGCUGCUAAGCGAUCAGCAGCAGAAUCGAUAGCAGGUGACUCGAAGAAGCCUAUCCAAGCACGGCUGGGAGGCAGAGUGAAGGAGGGGAAUGGUGUAAAGGGUGGCAUUGACGGGCUGAAGGCUGGAGUAGACAAAAGCAAGGAGGCUGGGAGUGGAGAGAGCAAGGAGCAACAAGCAGAGGAAAGUAAUGCAGGUGGGACCUCUGCUCAACAGGAAGAAAAUAAUGAACUUGGGCCUAGGGGGAGGCGACGGGGAAGAAAGGGGUCUCGUCAUUCUAGAGAAUUAGCAUCAGCGGAAGAACCUGUGGGCGACGAGCCAACAUCGCCAGAUAUUCCGAGGGGAAGAUUCAGGAGGCUAACGGGUAAGAUGCAAAAUGGAAACCUGGUGGGGGGGUCUGCUGCUGCUGCUAGCAAAGGAGCAAGCAGUGCAGGGGAAGGAGCCAGAUCGAAAGAUCACCUGUCCGUGCAUGCUGGACCUGUAGCUACCCAGGCUGAUGCUGGGAAUUCUGUUGUGAAUCAGGAGGGUCGAAGAUCUGUUCUAUCGCGUCUGGGUGGUAGAGUGGGUUCUCCUGCCAAACCAGGUCAAGUCAGUUAUUCUAUUCAUUCUGACUCAACGAAUCCAAAAGGCACUGCAAAUGCAACUAACCUGGGUUCUAAGAAACCCGUUAACGGAGCUAUAAAGAAGCAUAGAGAUGUCGGUUCUGUUGUGGACGAUGACAGUUUUGCUGGCAUCGGUGUGAGUCUGGCAGAUGAUUUUUAUCUCGAUGGUGAUGACAUCGGCUCCGACCAUGAGGGGGUUGCGUAUUCUGUCCACUGCUCUCGAAAACUAUUGAGGGACAGGGGGCUGUCGAUUCAAAACGUACUCGGUCUGCAACAGGAGACGGAACCAGAGAAGCAAGGUCGUGAGUGCGGUGUCUGUCCUAGCGUCGAGGGGGAGGAGGCCCUUGCUCUCUGCGACCUGCCCCAGCGUGGUCAAAUGAACAAGGGUGAUAAAUCAGGGGAGUACGCGUGUCAAUGCGAUGAAGAAGUUAGGAGUGGUUCUUCUCUUAAGGUCUCACAUACUGAUGGCAAUACAGAGGGUCAUUCUGAUUUCCCAGUGGAUAAAGCAGAUGAUUUUGUAGCAGCAGGUGACAAUAGGAAGGAUGAUGGGAACGGUCUUGUUGUCAAGGUCGGGGGUGCUGCUGAUGGUUUUUCUGGUUUGCAAAGUAAUGUUGACUGUGUUCGUCUUGAUGUCAAGGUCGGGGAUGGAAAUUGUGACGUGGAUGUGCUGCAGGCUGCUGGAUCGCUUCCUGCUGGGGAUGAUUCAAUGCUGGAGGGUGGCUUGCCUGUGGUUGGGGGAUUGUUGCAUGGUGGGGGCUGCCAUUAUCAGAGUGGGGGGGUGUUAUCAGGGCAAGCUAACACUGAAGGUGUUGUCCCUUGGACCGCAUCACUUGGAGCUGAUAUUACUGCUGCUGCUGCUGCUGAUGUGGUGCAGAUAAAUGAUAGCCUUGACGAUAUGGGAACUGGUUGGAUCGACAGAAUGGUAGCAGGCGAUGUCUCUCACAAGGGUGCUAAAGAAAUGCCUGCUGUUCCCAGUUGCACUGAAACAGAGGAUGUCAUUUGUGUCACCGAGCCUUUGAAGGGCGCUGGACGCCCCUGCUGGUCGCCUCUCGAGGAAGAUGUGGGAACUCCAAGUCCUGCUGCCGGUGCUGAUGAUGACGUGCUGUCUCCAAAUGACGGAGGAGUCGUCGGGAAAGUCGCACGUACGGUGAUGAGCGCAGCAGGCUCGUGUGGUCGUAUUGGUUACCUGAGUGAAGUGGAAGGCCCUGGUCGUGGUUCCCCCGUGUCGAAGCUGCCGGAUAUGGAAUGUGCUGGUAGUGGUUCCCCCAAGUUGAAGCUGCCAUCAGGGCACCUGGAAGGGGAUGGGUGCAUGGGAACUAUGCCUUGUGAGCAGGGCAAGGGUGCAAGCGAUGGUGAUGCGGGUACUUGGGAGGAGGAAGCCAACGAUUGUGAGAGUGCGAAAUCUAGUGAGCAGGCUGGUGCUCGUACCCUUUUAGAGAAUAGGGUGCUAAAGCUCCCGGGUGCUGGUGUAAAGGAGAACGAGUUGGAGCCAAGCUUCGAGGAGGAGGAGAAAGAGUCAGGAAAGAAGGCAGCUGGCAGAGGAAAGGAGGGCGCUCAGAGCACCGACGAAGGGAAGACUGUUUCAAAACCGAUGUUGCCUAUCGAUGUCAUAGCACAGGGGACAGCGACUCCAGAAGCUGGUGAUGACAACAAUGAAGCAACCAACGGACAGAAAGAUGGGACCAGCAGCGUAAGCGGGAAAAGGGUUCAGGGAAGGGUUUCUCGAGGGGGUAGGGGCCGUGGAGACAUCUGGAAAAAUCCCAGUGGAUGGGUUGUUCGAGGUGGGCGCAUCUCAUCAGCAGGAAGGGGCAGAGGCAGAAUGCGGGGCCAAGGAUCUCUGUGAGUAGUGUGAAAUCGCGGAUAUGAUAGGAGUGAGAUACUCUUCAAGGUGUUUCCGAUCUCUCUCUCUCUCUCUCUCCCUCCCUCUCCCUCCCUCUCCCUCUCUCUCACACACACGCACGUGCGCACACAUGCGCGCUCGUGUGCAUGACAACUCUCGCAGCCCUCUCCUCUCAUUUAGUGACUGUCAUCAUGUGUGGCGUUCCAUCCCAAGUGAGACUUGUCACUCUGGAAGUAGAAAGGAAUAGGCCCUCGCUGCGCUCGCCAUUUCGUAUUGAGCUUCAUAAGAUGUGAUGUCCAGAGGUCACCUAUUUUUGUGUUUGUUAAGGUUGCAGGUACAGCAAAGCAUUAUGACAGUGACCAGGUGCUCUACACGAGCGAGGCUGAGACUGUGAUUUCUCGCUCUGGUGAAAUUCCGGAGUUCUUUUGUUGCCUUUUGUGUCUAAUCCCUUGUCCUUCCCCUCACAGUUGGUUUCAGAUCAUUAUGUGGUCAUAUCGACCGACUACUAUCUACUCCCCACUCCAAUUCCCGAACCGAAGGGUUACUGCGUAUCCUUCCGAUCUCAGGGAUUUAUCGGUUACCCAAGUUUUUGCACCCAAGUUUUUGCGCAUAUUUUCUCUGCCUGGUCAUGCCUUCGUUCUGGAGUCGUCAGAAUGAGAUCUUGUGGGGAGUGGGAGGAUGGUUGCUUACCCUGCAAGAGGGUGUUUGUGAGAUUACAGAAUGUAUUUUUGUCAACAGAGUUUAUACCACGAUGGACCUUAAAGACAUUUCCAAGGCGAUGGAUUUGCCCACCUGGGUGUGCUGUGGGUAGAAACCGCGUAUGGACUGGAUACGAAAAGAGUGCGUGUGGUGAUUGCAGUUAGCAUAAUGGGGGUAUGUAGGACAAGCACAAAAACCUAGGCUAAGAAGAAUUUGACUGAAUGAUGUGAUGUGGAUGUACAACAUUCGUCCAUAGGGGGGCCUCGCUCCACUGCGGAACAUUCUAAAUGUAUGUGGAGCUGGUAACGGAUCGGAUACGUUCAGAAUGUUGGAUCAGUCUGAAUGCAUCUGGUACAUUUCGCCGUUAGAUAUGUGUAGAAUGUUGAGUAGUGGAGCAAGGCCCUUAGUCAGCCUGUUAAAAUGUCGGCCAUAGGCUUUCUCCAAUCCCCUCAUCGUGUACCUUUUGUGCCUUUUAGAGUGUGUCAUGUGCUAUUGUCUCCGAGCGUUUCAGGAGUAUGAAAGGAUCGAGAACCCAUCUUGUAGGUGAGUGAUAUUUUAGUCCUACUGAGUUCUUUCGGUAGAUGACAGGAGAUUAUGGGAAUCCAGCGUUGGCGAGAAGUCUUUCAUCGAGGACAUGAGCGUUUUCCCUGGUUGAUGCGAGAGACAUAAAAUGCGCAGUUAGGAACUAGAGGGUCUGCAGCGGAAUCCUAGAUGCUACAUACUAGCAGGUACAUUAUGGCGUUAUUUUUGUCUCCUGUUCUGGCCUAAGCAUUCUAAUUCCAUGCCGUUCCCUUUUCUUUUUUUUUGUCCAAAGGAUGAUGACAUGACUGCCGCAGCCGAUAACUGCAUCUACAACAUGGCAGCUGUGGGAAUAUACUUGGAUUGUCCUUCAGGAUGUUCGUUCUAACUGGAACGACAGCAUGGCCCCUGCAAAAGAAUACGGUGUGGACAUCAGCAUGCACAUUACAGUUUGUCUAGAUGACGAUUGUCUGCAUGUCCAGGCCGUGCGUUGCUUAUAAAGGAGCGGUGUUUUCGAUAAGUUGUAGUGGUUUUGUGUUUGUUUUCUCUGCGGGGAGAGGGAAAGGGAUAUCUGCUUCUGUUGUUUGGAUACUUAAAUCAUUUAUUAACGGGUUUGGCACGAGUAAGUAUGUAGUAUGUAGCAGACUACAUAUUGUCGUAUAUGUACCUAUAACCUUGCUCAUACCUGGAGGACGAAAGAAGGGAGAAUAUUGGCGUGCAAGAAUAUUAAUAGAGUAAUCCUGAUGACUGGGGUCGACUUUGAGGCCUCCCUAGCAGUAACAGACCGGUAGGUUUUGUGGCGUUUGCCCCUAAAAAAUGCUGUGGAGGAAGCUUUGGAGCGGCUCUCUCGUUUGCAACUCGUUUGUUUUUCUUGAGAUGGUACCAUUGCCUGCUGGGCUGACCUGAGCAGAGAAUGAAAAAGGCCAGGCCAACACUAGAAAGGGCAGUCAGGGGUGAGAACCAUGUUCCAAAGAAAACAGCUCCCAAAUUUUGUGUGGCAGCUCCAGUCUGCGACAUGUGAAUUGCCUACAAGUUGAUCGUGAAGAAGGCAAAUGAUUUCUCACAUUGUCCUCCAGAUUGGAAGUCUAACCAUGCCUGUCUAGAUGUUCUCCUUUUGUCCUGGCAUGUUAGACAAUGGUAGUUUGGAUAGGCCGCUGCGUGCAUCAGCAUGUCUGUCAACCAUGCGGUUCGCUAGCUCGCUGUUGUUAUUCGUGCACGAAUGUUGCACAUCUGGACUUUUACCAAAAUG